GAGAUCCUCUUAUUCGUGUGAGUUUAUUGGUGUGUCCCAGGGCCCCUUCCUGUACGGGCUGACUGCGCCGUCGCCCCCCUUUCUGGAGGUGGUGCGCACGCGCUGCCAUGGCCGAGCUGGCGUGGCUCUCGGACUACGUGGUCACGUUCAUGAAGUCUCCAACGUGGAUCGCGCCCAUCCAGCAGUUUAUCGACGAGCGGUGCUGCAUCUUCGAGGAAGGCGAAGAGAAUCAGUUGUCGCACUUGCAGUGCCACGAGCAGUUCAAACAGCUCAUCCAGGACCUGUUCGUGGCCCACCUGGUGGAGGUCUCAGUGAUGCCGGAAGAGUUUGAGAGUUUCUGCUCGGCGGGCCUGGGCGGGGACCAGCAGCUGCAUCGGGUGCUGGUGGAGCAGCUGCUCAGCGUGGAUGAUUUCCUGACGUUCAAGGCC